UCCUUAAAGGUUGUCGAAGUUUUGUAGUUCCUGUGUAGUUGACCUGUCAGCGUUGUAGUACAAGCUGUCACUGCUGGCAAUUCGUCCACCCUUCUGGUAGUUGCAGUUUCCCCCCAGCGACACAGCGAGCAGCAGGUCGUCGGACUCUCGGGAUCCUUUGUGUUUACCGUUGUUGCUGCUGUCAGCUAACCAGCGAGCUAACGCUUCAAGUUAGCUGACAACACAAGUAGCUCGCCCGCUUAGCGUUAGCUGGCUGUUAGCACUUAGCUAGCUAGCCUGCUGGCGGUACGAGGCUCGGAAGCCGCCCACUCUGCAGAGCAGCACUCCGGACAAAAGAGUGAACGAUGGAGGCCCAAAGCUCCAGCGGGCUGCUGCUGUCCCGAAAGAGGAGAAGAGAGGGCUCCAAUGGGGAGACCGAGGAAGGAGAGAGGCUUGGGAAAAUCCCCAGGUGUACUGUGGGAUUGAAGCACCCUGCACCUUUUGCAGAUGAGCUGGAGCCAGCUGAUGGACCCUACGUGAGAGUCAGCAUGGAGGAGGCCAAGAGGGGAACACCACCUGACAGACCGGUGCGGGUGUAUGCAGAUGGUAUCUUUGAUGUUUUCCACUCAGGUCACGCAAGAGCACUCAUGCAGGCGAAGUGCCUCUUCCCAAACACACACCUCAUCGUCGGAGUGUGCAGUGAUGACCUGACCCACAAAUACAAGGGCUUCACGGUGAUGAAUGAGGAUGAGCGCUACGAUGCCAUUAGACAUUGCCGCUAUGUGGACGAAGUGGUGCGAAACGCUCCCUGGACAUUAUCGCCGGAGUUCCUCAUAAGACAUCGCAUUGACUUUGUGGCUCAUGACGACAUCCCAUACUCCUCAGCGGGCAGUGAUGAUGUGUACAAGCAUAUCAAGGAAGCUGGUAUGUUCGCUCCCACCCAGCGGACAGAGGGCAUCUCCACCUCUGACAUCAUCACACGCAUAGUCCGUGACUAUGACGUGUACGUCAGACGCAACCUGCAGAGAGGAUACACAGCAAAGGAACUCAACGUCAGCUUCAUCAACGAGAAGAAGUACCACCUGCAGGAGCGCGUGGACAAGGUGAAGAGGAAGGUGCGUGACGUGGAGGAGAAGAGCAAAGAGUUCGUCCAGAAGGUGGAGGAGAAGAGCAUCGACCUCAUCCAGAAAUGGGAGGAGAAAUCCAGGGAGUUCAUCGGCAACUUCCUGCAGAUGUUUGGCCCUGAGGGAGCUCUGAAGCACAUGCUGAAGGAAGGGAAGGGCCGCAUGCUGCAGGCCAUCAGCCCCCGGCAGAGCCCCAACAGCAGCCCCACCCGCGAGGAGCGCUCCCCCUCUCCCACCUUCCGUCUCCCCUUCUUCACCAAGACCUCCCCGCCUCCCUCGCCUCCGCCCCACCACAGCGGGGCCCGCGGAUACCUCAUCAGCGAGGACGACGACGAAGACGACGACGACGACGACGACAACGACGAAAACUAGAGCGUGUUUGAGUUGUUGGCUUUUGUCGGGGCCGCAGCCAGUGCUACCAGUUAGCUGUCGAGUAACGUGGUUUUCACCGAGCUCCUGCUUCCAUUGUUUAUGUUUCUGAUUUUACUUUGGCAUUUAGCACUUCAGUGUCACGUUAACUUGGACAGCCAGUUCCUCCACAGCUCAUUUUUGUCCUUUUUGUUCUUGUGUAACGGUCAGUAAAAGUUACCACUAGUCAUUUGAGUUUUUGGAAAAUUAGUCUAAUAUAUCUGAUUCACUUUUGAUGUUGAGUUUGUUAGUCACUCACUGUCACUUAGGAAUAUCUGCAGGGGUUCCACUCAGUGCACUCUUUCAUCUACGACGGUAUUCUUAAGGUUGGCGUUGCAGUGAGGUAGGAGUUUAUUUGUUUUUGUCAUGGCUUUAGCGGGAGGGCUCGCAGGUUUUUUGGUCACUUGUUGGAACAGCACAUCUAAAUGUUGGUGUGGGAGAGGUGAGCUGAGACCUCGUGGAGACACUGUUGAAUGUCUCCAGGGGAGGUUUUUUUUAGGGCAGGUCAUAAAACUGGACAUUUAAAUGACCUGCUCAUGUGGGGCAGUUUAUAUUCUGCUCAUAUUAACAGGAAACCAACCUGGCUUUUUUUCUUUUCUUUUAAAGUAACAAACUCACAUGGAAUCUGAGGUGAAUCUCAGAGUCGUUAAAUGUCUACUAAACAGCAGCUUUUUCUCCUCCAAGUUUGCCUGCCUGCACUGGGGCUGCGUGUGUCUGUGUGUAUGUGCAUGUGAUGUUUGUGCGUGCAAGCUCUCGCGUCGGCAUGUCUGAAACGUCUUCUGUCAGCAUUCUCCAUCUGUCGACAGGUCUGGGUUCAGUUUUGACUUCACUGCGUAUAGUAAUACAUUUGCUAUUAAAUGUUCUUUUGUCUGCUGACAAGAUUCGGUCUUUGGAAGACUAGUUUCAAACUGGACACCUUUCUCGUGGCGUCAGUGACAGUCAUGCAAGGAUGACCCAUUUCAGUGUUUAUGUAGAAAUACUUAUUUUUGUAGAUUUCCUCUUUCCUUACUUUAUUCUCUGUACAGAUAAUUCUUUUAAUCAUCCCUUUUUAGCAGUCUGAGCACUGAAUCAACACGAGCAAGGCUGGAGUUCUAUAUUUUUUUGUAAUGCAGAUCAUGAAUCACCUGGGCCGUAGGGAAAUAAUACUCUUCAUCUGAUAACAGGUGAUGACAAUAGAAUUAGCUGUAUCAAAGAAGACCUGAGAACUGUCUAAAUGCCCUACUUCUUAUAAGAAAUGACAUCAUUUGGUUAGUCAGAGGCGCAAGCACAAAGUAGGACUGAAUUAAGGCUUCCUCAUUGGUGGCCGUCCCAAAAGCGUAGGGCUUUGGGGUUUGCACCCAUAUACAGGUGAACUGUCCACGCAGUUAAGAGGCGUUUUUACAGACAGGACUGCCCUAUAGUGGUGUGAGGGAUUCAGAUUUAUGCAUCAGUGAAACUCCAGAUCAACAUUUAUGUAGCUACCUCCUCCUUCCCUGAACUGAUUCUGUUUCCUAAGAUGAGCACAAAGUAGGAGCAUUAUUUUUCCUUUCUGAACAGAGCCAUUGUUGCAGCACUGAAGCAAUGUGACUGGGUCAAAUAUUUGAGAUUUUCCAGCCUCGGUGUGCGUCCUGCAUCUCAAGUGAUAAAAGCAUGUCUUGUGUCUCCUAUAUAACCGAAAAAUUAAACAUCACAGGUCAUCUGAAGAUGUAAUGCAAUACUGUUUGAUGACACGAAUAUAAACAUUGGCAGGUGUCUGAUAGAUCUGUUCUCGGCUUGGUUUCCCAAAAGCACUCAGUUUCAAUCAAUCUUUGCUGCAGCGACAAAGACUGCCUCUGUUCUCGUGGAUGUAAAUCCGUUGGGAAACUACUGAGAAGGAUUCUCAGAGUUACAAACUCUACUCUUGGUAUUAGAAGUACAACUUGAGUAUAAUUAGCCUAGAUUCUGGUGCUAAGCUACUUUUGGGAAGCCUUGCCUCAGUUCUUGUGGAAUCUCUUCCUUUAAAUCAGUGGGAACUUCUCAGAAAGAGUUCUAGGUGGCAAAGACUCGAGUGGCAGGCCAAUAACAGCCACUACUACUAGAAACAAAUGUUAAUGUUUUUAACACCAAGUGUUUUAAUCAUGUGUUAUGUUACUGUUUGGGGCUAUUUUUGUUUAAAUGUCCUGGAUGUAGAGAAAGAGCAAGACAGGAAAAAUGUAUUAAACAUGUUAGCCAAAGCA